UUGUUAUUACAGCUCCACUCAAAGGACUUGAACACGGCGUCCUUCGAUUGGCUUGUAGUUAGCAGAUCCACCGAGGACAUCCACCACAUCAACGGAAUAAUGAAUGCGACUUCUAUACGAUUCGACCAGACUAUCGUAGCUUCCUUUCCAAAUGCGAAUUAUAGGCCUAGAUUGCGAUCGCUACAAAUUUGUGAUGGCAAUUUCCUAUACAAGUCGGCAACUAAACCUACUAAUCGGAGACGUAACUUUUUACCGAGAAAGCAAUAUUACUACAACAAUUGCCGACAUCGCUAUGAUCAAAACUGCAACAAGACGGAGUAUGAGAGAAAUUAUUAUCGAACAUCGGAAAGGUUCAGAAAUUUGACCCGAAACCAAACUUACAAGAAACAGGGGAGCGUUUACCCGCUGUUCCAAUCAGGAGUUUUAAAUUACAAUUUCUCUCGGACAUUUGAUAUGGUGAACAUAAGUAAAUUCUUUGUCACUAAAGAAUUUAACAAGUGGAUCAGAGCGAACAAUGUUCAUCGUGGGAUUGAAGGAAUACACUUGAUCCAGUACUUCAAAGUGCGGACCAAUUCAACUCUGUACGCUUUCUAUUUAGGCGACUGGGAUCGUGACCACUCGAUGUCCCGUGUGGAGUCUCCAUACCCCGUGGAGGCGCGUAACUUUCAAGGCGAAGAGUUAGUUGUUGGUCGGUGCAACUCGAGCGGCGACGGCGCGGCGGCUGGCGAUGACGACGGACCCUCGGCGCCAGCAUUGCUUGAUGAUGUUCUGCAUUUCCUUAUAUUCAGGAUAAACGCUUCGUGUUCAACGAGAUAUUACGGCAAGCUAGGGUUCCGAAGCUACGAAGGCGCGUGGACGGGCCUCCUCGGCGCGCUGACUGAGCGCUCGGUAGACAUCGCUCUAGAACCGGUCACGGUCCACGCGCCACGCUACCAAGAUAUGGACUUUAUCUUCCCUAUUGCCGAAACCAUGUGCAACAUUUACAUCCGGCAUCAGGAAACAUCAACGGUGCGGGACAUCUUCUUGGCUCCGUUCAGUGCGCGCCUCUUAGCCUGUGUGCUGGCGGUGGCGGUGGCGGCUUCGAUCGUCGUCGUACUUAUUAGCAGAGCGACCCCCAACCCGAACGACUCUCGGCCUAUGGAGUAUACUGAGGCCUUUGUGUGGACUACGGGGAUUCUUUGUCAACAAGGUGGCUCAUGGACCCCGCCCGCGCCGGCGGCCAGCGUGCUCCUCAUCGUCUGCCUCCUGUUCGCCGUGGUGACGUACAACGCGUACGCGGCGUUCAUCACGUCCGUGCUGUCCGUGCGCGUCGCCAGCGUCGACACCGUGGCCGCCGUCUUACACUCGCCUAACUUCAAAAUCGGAUAUAUAAAGAAUGGAGCGGAUCAGGCAUAUCUCAUGUCGACCAAAGACUCCCAAUUGAAUGCGUUUUACAUCCGGGGGUAUUCGGACGCUGAGAACCUGGUGUCUUCGGCAGAGGAGGGACUCGCGCGCGCCGCGCGGCUCGACUACGCGUUCUUCGCCGGGCAGCGCGCCGCGCGGUCCACACUCAAGUCGUUGAGCCAGGCCCGAGGGCGCUGCGCGCUGCGUGAGCUAGCGGUGCCGUCGACGCGGGCCCAUCUUGCGUUCCCUCUGCCUCGUCGCUCGCCCUACGCGCGCCCUACGCUCGUCAGUUUGCUGUUGUUGCGGAGCGGCGGAGCAAUGGCGCGGUUGCAGGCGGCGCUGGUGCCGGGCAUGCCGCGCUGUGCGCCACCACCCGGGUUCGCUUCCGCGCGCGCCGCCGAUGUGCGUUCCGCGCUCAUCCUCCUCGUCAUUGGACUCGUCACUGCCCUUUUAUUAGGUAUGGGUGAAUACUUUUGGAAAUUUCGCAAACAGUUCCAAAAGCUUACGGCUCGCAGCUUCGGGCUAGUACUAAAUCGGAUCAGAUUUGAUUAGUUUGGUGGUUUAGAAAAUA